UCUCCUCCUCGGGCGCGGCUCUGAUUGGCUGGAGCCGGCGAAGGGGGCUCGCUCUCGUCCAAUGGGAAGGCGCGCCUCUGGCCUCCCCGGCUGGUUGCCUGAGGCGAAGUUCGAGGCGCCUCCAAUCCCUCCGGAGAAGCCCGAAGGAGCAAUGCUGCCGACGGCUUGAGAGAGAGAGAGCGAGAGAGUCAGUCCAAGUCGCCGCGGGUUUCCCUCCUUUUUUGGGAGCCUUUGGGCCUCAUGGAGGGCUCCUCCUCGCCGCCGCCGGCCUAUUCGGAGCUGAAGCGGAGCCCUGGGACCGAGCUCCGACUCGACGGCGCGGGAGGAGGAGGAGGAGGAGGAGGAACGGGAGGAGGGCCGGCCCCCGAGGAAGAGGAGGACGACGAAGCAGCAGCCGCGGCCCGGGCCCCCAAGAACUACCUGUGGCUCAGCAUCUUCUCCUGCUUCUGCCCCGCUUACCCCAUCAACAUCGUGGCCUUCGUCUUCUCCGUCAUGGCCUUAAACAGUUAUACCCAAGGAGACAUAGAAGGAUCAAAACGACUGGGUCACAUUGCACUGUUGGUUGCCAUUGCAUCUAUUUUAAUUGGCCUUGUGAUGAUUGGAAUCCUUUGCAUAGUCCAUUUCACUACAGCCACUUUCGGCAUCUUUGGUGAUGUCAGAGGAACAGGUGUUGGCAGCCAAUCCACUCUUUGGUGGCCAAGGUCAUGGAGUAGCAGCUCUGGUAAUGGCCCAGUACGCCAUCUGAAAGCCAAGAUUUGGACCUAAAGAGUUACCAUCUUCAAACCUGUGGGAAAGGUGCGAGGAACCCCCCCCCCCUGCAGAGAUCUAGAAAAACAGAUCCAGGUGGUUUGAUUGAAAUCCAAUGAGUUUUGCUCAAAGCACCUUGCUGGUGAACAAACUGUUAGCUAGCGCUGGUUGCAGUGCUCUGCUACAAGGUGAGCACUUCCCCCCGCCCUGUUAUGUCUUUGAAAAUGCCACUAUAGAGCAACGCAUCCUCUCCUCCCCACCCUCAAAUACAAUGACUGCAUUUUAAUGUAAAUUAGAAAUGCCACCUCCAUCUGAAGCACCCACCCUGUCUUGUUGGCAUGUGCACGCAUUCUGGUGUCUCCCAGGCUGGAGGUAUUGGCCUGGCUGGACUUUCUGGAUCGGCAAUGGAAUGUGAGCCAGAACCUGUGGGACCCUUUGGGUGGCCAGCUCGCCAUUGGCUGCAGUGGGGCAGUGGCCUUGGGUGACAAAGGCUAGGAGGCGGCAGCAAAGUGUUGGAAGACAGCGACGUGUACCACAAGACCUGCUUUGCCUUCUCUUAGCUAGUCUACCCAUUUGAGGGGUGGAGAAGGAUAGUGUCUUAUCGUCAAGGUACAUGGACUGGGAGAGAGCACCAUCUUCUUUGCAUCAAACAGGAAAAUGUCCUGGUCUCCUCUCUGGAUGCACCUAAAGAGUGCUUCCAUGGAACAUACAUGUGGACAUCUUUCACUUUCUGCCUCUGUUUUUUGGACCGUGCCUCUGCUUAUGUAUUUGUGCUCCUCCUGUUGUGCAUUGUUUCAGUGACUUUGUUAUCCAGUGGAUGGUGGCUCGUGUUGAGAACCAGGCCUGGGUUAAGAGUGCUGAAGGUGGAAACCAUGGGCAGGGUGGCCAACCAACCAGGGAGAUGAAAUGCACUCUGGUCUGCUUCUGUGCCUUUAAGGAGACUUUGGUUGGUAGACAUCAGACAAAGAUGACAGCUUAGAAAUAAAACACAGUCAAAUGCUGUGCUGAGACCUGUAGCCCUGCAGAUAUAACUGGACUGCAGCUCCCAGCAUCCCCCGCCAAUGGCUGUCCUGGCUGAGAGUUGUAAUCAAACAAUAUGCAAAGCCCCCACCUCUGUGCCUAUAGCUCUCUCCAAAGUGUUUUUAAGGACACCAUUCAGUGUCCAUCUAGAAAACUGAUGCUCUUAGGAACAGCUGAAAAUUGAGAAUCUGAAGUUAAUUAGACUUGAUGUUGACGUGAUGGAGGACAUAUUUAAAUCUUUCCCUUUCCUUGUGUCAUCCUGGAUGGAACUUGUAAGAACUUGUAAGGAACUUGAGCUACACUUUUAGCCAUGAUCCCAUGGUCACAAUAAAAUCAUGAAGGAAUCUGGGAGGUAGUAACAACAGCCACCUGUGUCUGCUUGUGGUUUUUAAAACAAUGAAAUCAUGUUUGGAAAGGAAAAAUGACAAACACAAUAAACUUUGUAUAUUUCAUUGUUCAAGUAA